AUGAGCGCGGCAUUUCAGAGUGUGGGACAGCUCAGCCCGCUGCCGCGCGAGGCGCUCGACAUCACAGCGGCUGGGGUGCCGGCGCGUGUCGCGAAAACUCGUGGGUAUCGGGGCGAGCUCAUCCUCUUCACUGCCGACGAGAACAUGGCCGGCUGGGGCUUCCACUUUGUCAACCAGCUGCGCAGACGCGGCCACGAGCACUGGCUGAUCAUGGCCGACUCCGCGGACAACUGUGCCGGGAUGCACGCGCAGUGGGAAAUGAUGGUGUCAUCGUACAGCGAGGCGCCCCUGUCGUGUGCCUAUUCCUCGUAUCCCAAGCAGCACUCUGGCUGGGCGCAGUGGACACGCGCAAGCCACCCCGACAAGAUGCACCAGGUCUACAUCUUCUGGGCCACGCGCUGGUGGGUAUCGCUCAAGCUGAUGCGGGAGGGGCUCAACAUCCUCUCGCUGGACGUGGACGCGGUGCUGCUGGGCGACAUCUACUCGCGGCUGCAUUCGCCGCCGAUGGUGCACCAAGACGUGAUCAUCACUCGCAACGACGACGGGUCUCAGAGCCUCAACUGCGGGUUCGUCUACUUCAACCGGGGCGCUUCCCGGGCGCGCCGUGAGCAGCCGUCCACGUACCUCACCGCCACAAACACAGAGGUGGACUCGCACUGCGGAGAGCGAGCACGCCCCGAGUCAGCAGCAGACGUGCCCGCGGCGGAGUGGGUGUGCGAGCUGAUGUGGGAGCGGCUGCGGCUCUUCCUCGAGGUGGACCGAGUUGCGCUGCGCGACUCACCGAAGCGCGAGGACGCCUGGAACGACCUGGUCAAGUCACUCGAGCUGCGGCGGCGGGUCUUCCCGUGGGCCACCGGCUACGGCAGGCAGUCGGACCUGUGGGCGGCCCUCGGGUACGAGCGCGUGGUUGUGGGCGGAAGAAAGCACGCGGAGAAGUUUGUGGCGUGGCGCAAGCUCAAGCACGAGCGCUCGCCUCCGUUUGGUGCGCCGGACGAGCCGCCGUACGCGCGCCGCUUCUUCGAGUCGAGCCUCGAGACGCCUCUCCUCUGGCUCCCGCUCUGCUCGCCGCCGAACUCGUCCUCGGCUGCGAGCGCGGCGGGCGUGCCAGAGGCGGCGGGCAACCCUCUGACCUACGUGCACAUCACAAACAUGUGGAAGUGCUUCCCUCACCCCUGCUGGUCCAAAGCGGGGCGCCUCUUUUGGCUCCGCGCGCACGGCUUUUGGGACAGCCGGCUGGACGAGGCCGGCCUCACGCCGCGCGGCUCGCCGUUCACGGCGAAGACGCGCGCGUUGGCGCUGCCCGAUGCCGACAUUGCCGCGCUCUCGGCGCUUGCUGAGCAGACGAAGCAGCUCGCCGCUUGGCCGGCGCCCCGCGCUCGCGGCCUGGGCUUCCGCCGCUUGCAUGCAAUCGUGCACAACCUGGUCACGGCGGCGGCGCUGCUCGGCCGCGUGCCGGUGAUCCCGCAGGUGCCGUGCGAGCUCAUCCGCGCGGUGCAGAGCCUCGCCAACCACAACACGGAGCGCUCGCGCUUCGGCAUCAGCCAUGCGGCGGUCGUCGUGACGGGCGCCGACCCGGCAGCGCCGGUCUGCCACCUUGCGCCCGGGACGUGGCGGCCAGGAGGCCCUGACCAGUGCUACCACACGGCGGCAAUGGGACAGUUCGACUUGCCGCGCUUCGUCGGCUCGCUUCGCGGCGCCCCGAACGGCACGCUCGCCCUCCGUCUCGCGCCGGCACUCCGCUCGGGCGAGGCGCCAACCUCGCUCAGUUGGGGAAGGGCGACGGCAGAGCUCGAGCUGGCGCCGAUCCGCGAUCUGUGUGGUGCCGCGGCGCGGCUUGCGGAUGUGCCGCUCGUGCACCUCUCCGGGCUGAUGCCGCCCAACGGCGCGGAGGAGGUCCCCUUGCUUGAUGUGCCGCUCCCGAGCCGCGAGUUUCGGUCCGAGCGGCAGCGCAGGGAGAAUGGCGCUCCGCGGUGGCCGUCGCUGCUCAAGGGCAGUAACCUCAAGGAACUUGCGAGUGCGUGCCCGGGCGCCGGAAAUCUCAUCGACUACCGUAAGCAGUGCGUCGGUUUCUUCUUGGCCGAGUGA